AUCAUUAUGGAAAAUUCUUCAUUGAACAAGGCACACCAACAGCAAAGAAGGGCAGAGGCUCUUUUGAGACAGAAGAAAUUUGAUGACUGCAUUGAGUGUCACAAACAGGCUGCAGAUCUUUUAGCAGAUGCCUUCAACUCUACAGAAAACAUUAGAUCAUUGGAAUCCUUGAGGCUACAAAGAGAGUAUCACCAGAAGCAGAUUGACAAGGUUAAAAUGAAAAAGUCCCAGGCACAAAUGGAACAAUACAAGAAGUCUCUACAUAUACAAAAAAGAAAAAACAAUGAACUUCAGGCUCAAGAUGGAGAAGGUGGAUUAGAAGCUGCAAUUUAUAGGACAAUUGAAGUACAUGAUUCAUUGAUUGAUUACUUAGGUAAAAGAGGUGGUAGUGACAAUGAUAGUCUUAAAUCAUACUCCACCAGUGACACAGAGGAAAAGCUGGAUAAGGAAACCUGCACACAAAUAAUUGGCAACAAGCACCCAAAAGAUGAUGCACAGAUAAUUGAAGAACUGAAAGUGCUUAGUGGACAGUUGAGAGAUUCAGUGCAAUGUCUCCUGGUACAGUUGGAUGACCGUAACAAAGAAAUUGAAACUCUUAGGGCUACUAUAAGGGAGCUAGAAAAUGACAAACUAAAAGCCCAGGCAAAAAAUAAUUCGAGCUUGAAAGUUGUUACGGAUUCAUCAGGGGGCACAUCUCCAUAUGUGUUUUCGCCGUGUAGUGAAAUAAGUCCUGACAUAGGUAAUGAAACAAGAAAUUUGCCCCCUUUGGCGCCCCUUGAAAUGCCCAAUUUCGAUUUUCUCAGUCUCAUAACCAGCAACAGCAAGAACAAUAACGCGAAUUGA